UCCUUGCAUUUCAGCAUCAUCCAUUGAAGCAUACUGUUAUCACGGAGCACAUAGGUUGCAGUUAGUCACGGCAGUCCAGUGCGCAAGGCCAAUCCUUGCUGUCGCCGGUUCUGUCCUUGAUUCUCGCCGGUUUAAACCAAAGGGACUUAUUUACGGACCAAAACAAGUUUUACUGUUCGUAUUGAUGCCGUCUUCAACGAACUGAGAGAAAACAAAAGUCGGGUUAGGCUUUUGUCUAUACCUUAUUGAUUGGGACAUGUUUGGGUCAUUGUUUGGUGCUAGGUUGCUGGACAUUGUUUGGCGCCGUUUUGAUACACACAUUCUUAUUGAUAGGGUUAGGUGUCUAGGUGUCGCAUGUUUAUUGGUUCUACAUACCCACAUAGGUUAUCAACAACAAAAAAAAAAAGUUAAACGCGCCGUUCAACUGAGGGCUCAAUGGUCUUUUUCUUUUUCCAUUAACGGCUGUUGACGGAUAGUUAGUGCGUGCAACAAAGCCAUAGUUUGGUUCGGCGGUUUUGCUUACUUCAGGGAAUUUAUUUACCCUAAUUUUAUUAUACUCUCUUCUUUUUAGGUUGUAUUUUCUUUAUUAUAUAGAUAAAAUUAAAAAUAAGAAAAAAAUUAUCAUGUGUGCGCUCUUAUUUAAUCUUCAAAUAAAUAUAUAAAAUAAUUACACUAACCUCGCCCAAAAGCGUAAUUUUAUACAACGACACUAACCAACUGAACCGGUUUCUAUUGGAUCGGAUCAAAUGGUGUUGAACUUAAUCGGCUUAGAUCGAUCAUCACCGUGCGUGUCUUCAAAACUGCUUCUUGUUUCUCUCAGUUGUUCCCAUUUUUUUUUUUCCUGUUUUUUUCAUUCCCACCUCAAACUCAGCCUCUCAGUCCCACUUUGAAGUCCCUCAUAUAUCACUUGAAGUUUUUUAUAUUAUUUUCUCGUCUCUUUGGAGGUGGGGGAUAUACUGCAGAAAAGUGAAGUGACCAGGAAAAAAAUUAACAGUCGGGACUCAGACACAUACAAUAAAGUUCCAAGUGUUGGACUUCUAUUGGGUGGAAUCCAAUGUAUUGUGCAAGUAGUUUCAAGCAAUAAUUAUAAUAGUGAAUGAGUAUGCAGAAGGGUUUUGUUGCUGAUAACAACAAAGCGUUUAUUACAUUUACUGAUCCUGUUGUUAGAAUAACAACAUUGGGCAGAUUGGGCCAGUUACGUAUGGGACAUCAAACCUACUGUUGAAGUUUUAGAGGAACAAAUUAUAUUCAAGAGAGGCAUGAGGUUACUUUUUGGCAUUUAAAAUGAUGAAGUCAUUGAUAUUUCCGUGCAAUACAUCGAAAUUACCUUCUCCAAGAGUUGGACCUAUCCAGGUAAAAGCAAAAGGAUCAAAGAUGGAGCUCUCUAUAACUCGACCUGAUGACUGGCAUCUUCAUCUCCGGGAUGGUGACCUUCUUGAAGCUGUUGUCUCACACAGUGCAAGUCAUUUUGGAAGGGGAAUAGUGAUGCCAAAUUUGAAACCUCCCAUCACCACCACAGCUGCUGCUUUGGCUUAUCGAGCAUCGAUCUUGAAAGCACUGCCUGCCAAUAGUGACUUCACUCCUCUAAUGACACUUUAUUUGACAGAUACAACGAGUCCAGCUGAGAUCAAACUUGCUAGAGAAAGUGGGGUUAUUUUUGCUGUAAAGUUGUACCCUGCUGGGGCUACAACAAAUUCUCAAGAUGGUGUUACAGAUCUUUUCGGCAAGUGCUUACCUGUUCUUGAGGAGAUGGUCGAGCAGAAUAUACCUCUGCUGGUUCAUGGAGAGGUUACGGAUCCCGGGGUUGAUAUAUUUGAUCGUGAAAAAGUAUUUAUUGACACUGCUCUAAGACCUUUGAUCCAGAAGCUUCCACGAUUGAAGGUUGUGAUGGAGCAUGUUACCACCAUGGAUGCUGUGACUUUUGUUGAAUCUUGCUGCGAAGGAUCUGUUGCAGCUACUGUUACACCUCAGCACCUUCUUCUUAACAGAAAUUCUAUCUUCCAAGGAGGGCUUCAGCCUCAUAAUUAUUGCCUUCCAGUACUGAAAAGAGAGAUACAUAGACAGGCUAUUGUGUCAGCUGUGACAAGUGGAAGUAAAAGAUUUUUUCUUGGAACUGAUAGUGCUCCUCACGAGAGACGGAAAAAAGAAUGCCCUUGUGGGUGUGCUGGCAUAUACAAUGCUCCCGUUGCCCUAUCACUGUAUGCCAAGGUUUUCGAAGAGGCAGGUGCACUUGACAAGCUAGAGGCAUUUACAAGCUUCAAUGGACCAGAUUUCUAUGGGCUUCCGAGAAACACAUCAAAAAUCAAAUUGAGCAAGAACUCAUGGAAGGUGCCAAAAUCAUACUCGUUCACAUUUGGGGAUAUCGUUCCAAUGUUUGCAGGUGAAACACUUGAUUGGCUGCCAUCCAGCGCUUGAUCUGCGUAACUUGAAAUCCAGAAGAUGCUUGUGGCUUUUUCUUUGUUGUUCAUUCAACUGACAGUACAAGGUAUUGAAAUUGAUGCUGUUACAUUAGAAUCAGAAGUAUUCUGACAUUGUUGCUUUCUGUUAUUAUAUCGGCAAUAUCCAACUUGAUUUAAGGAAUAAAUAAAUUUCAUGAUCCAUCUUGUGAUAGUA